AAGUUAAUUAUCUUGUGAUCUCAAGAUAACAACUUUUGUUAUUGUUAUUUUCUUGAUUGUUAUUUUGAGAAGUUAAUUAUCGUUAUCUCAAGAUGUUAUCUUGAAAUAAGUUACUUAUCUUGAGAUAUCAAGUUACUUAUCUUGUUAUCUCGAAAUAUCAAGUUACUUAUCUUGUUAUCUCAACAUAACAACCCACAAAAUUAUAGCAACAGCUUAUGGCCUCUCUGGACUUCCAUAGACAUCGGCAUCACCCAACACGGACCGCUUUUGCUACCUAAAUCCACACAAAGUUAUCAGUGAAACCCGCAGAGGGAAAUAAAGCGCUAUAAAAAUGUAGGACGGGCUCUUUAAUGUUAGUAGGUCACGAAUGUCGCUGCGUUUGAAACCGGCGAAGAGGCUCCGAGCAGCUCCGCUCCGUUACGGUGAAACAGCUCCCUCACUGCGCGAACAGCGGCCAGGAGGCAGGAAUGGCUGACGGAGAGGGAGCUUCCGAACACGGGCUCUGAUGCUGGCAGUGCCAUCACUGUGAAACAAUAGUGCAUAGACAUAAAUAGAAGCCGGUAGAUAACAGCGGGGUGCAGGUAGGAGCCAUCAUGUCCAAAAGCAAGAGCUCAGAGUCCGUGAAAGUGGUGGUGCGGUGUCGCCCCAUGAACGACAAGGAGCGCGCCGCCAACUUCGAGAGGGUGGUCUCUGUGGACGUGAAGCUAGGACAGGUCGCAGUGCGAAAUCCCAGAGGUGCGUCCUCUCACGAACACCCCAAAGUGUUCACGUUUGACUCUGUCUAUGACUGGAAUUCGAAGCAGAUCGACCUCUAUGAUGAGACAUUCAGGCCGUUAGUGGACUCUGUUUUGCUGGGCUUCAACGGCACCAUCUUUGCGUAUGGACAGACGGGCACGGGGAAGACAUACACUAUGGAAGGGGUGCGCAACGACCCUGAGAGGAGAGGGGUCAUCCCCAAUUCCUUCGAGCACAUUUUCACACACAUCUCACGCUCACAGAACCAGCAGUACCUGGUCAGGGCGUCUUACCUGGAGAUCUACCAGGAAGAGAUUAGGGACCUGUUAUCCAGGGACCAGUCACGCCGUUUGGAGCUGAAGGAGCGGCCUGACACGGGAGUCUAUGUCAAAGAUCUUUCUUCGUUUGUCACUAAAAGCGUCAGGGAGAUCGAACAUGUCAUGAAUGUCGGCAACCAGAACCGUUCAGUCGGGGCCACCAACAUGAAUGAGCACAGUUCCCGUUCUCAUGCCAUAUUCGUCAUCACUAUUGAGUGCAGUGAGCUGGGCCCAGACGGGGAGAACCACAUCCGGGUUGGGAAGCUCAACUUGGUCGACUUGGCGGGCAGCGAAAGGCAGACUAAGACAGGUGCCCAGGGUGAACGUUUAAAGGAGGCAACCAAGAUCAACCUCUCUCUGUCUGCUUUGGGUAACGUUAUUUCGGCACUGGUGGAUGGAAAAAGCACCCACAUCCCAUACCGAGACUCCAAGCUCACACGGCUGCUCCAGGACUCGCUGGGAGGAAACGCCAGAACGGUCAUGGUAGCCAACAUCGGACCAGCCUCCUACAAUGUGGAGGAGACUCUCACCACGCUACGCUACUCCAACCGCGCCAAAAACAUCAAGAACAAGCCUCGUAUCAACGAAGACCCCAAGGAUGCCCUUCUGCGGGAAUUUCAGGAGGAGAUCGCCCGUUUGAAGGAACAGCUGGAGAAACGGUCAGGGAAGAAGAGGAGGAAGAGGAGAAGGAGGAAGGUCGGGGAGGAAGGAGAGGAGCUGGACGACGAUGUUGAGGAUGAGGUUGAUGACGACGACGAAGACGGGGUGGAUGGGGACAAGAACAUUGCUGAUUAUUGGCGGGAGCAGCAGGAGAAGCUGGAGAAGGAGAGGAAGGCCAUCAUGGAGGACCACAGCCUGGUAGCAGAGGAGAAACAGCGACUACUCAGGGAGAAGGAGAAGAAGAUGGACGACCUGCACCGAGAAAAGGAGGCGUCGGAGAUGCUGGCAGCCAAAGUGAAGGCUAUGGAGAGCAAGCUGCUGGUUGGAGGAAAGAACAUCGUUGACCACACUAAUGAGCAGCAGAGGAUUCUGGAGCAGAAGAGGCAGGAGAUAGCAGAACAGAAAAGACGUGAGCGGGAGAUGCAGCAAGAGAUGGAGUGUCGCGACGAAGAGACGCUUGAGUUAAAGGAGACGUACAGCUCUCUGCAGCAAGAAGUCGACAUCAAGACCAAGAAACUGAAAAAGCUUUUUGCAAAGCUGCAAGCAGUGAAGGCAGAGAUUCAUGAUGUCCAAGAGGACCACAUUAAAGAGAGGCAGGAGCUGGAGCAGACGCAGAACGAGCUGACCCGAGAACUCAAACUGAAGCAUUUGAUCAUCGAGAACUUUAUCCCGCUGGAGGAGAAGAAUAAGAUUGUCAUGAGGGCCACCUUUGACGAGGAGGAUGACUCCUGGAAGAUGAGACCCAUCACCCGCAUUCAAGAUGAUCAGCAGAUGAUGACGAGACCGGUGUCUGCAGUGGGCUACAGGAGGCCUCUGAGUCAGCACGCUCGCAUGGCCAUGAUGAUGCGGCCUGAUGCCAGAUACAGGGCCGAGAACAUCCUAAUGCUGGAGCUGGACUUGCCUUCCCGUACCACUAAGGAGUACGAAGAGCCCGUGAUCGCUCCUAAGGUGGCGGCAGCCUUGGAGGAUGCUCUAAGGGAGGAGGACGAGAUCCAGGUGGAUGCCUCCGGCUUCUACGCUAACAUGGGCUCCAGUCCAGGCUUGGGCCCUGGUGCCAUGGCAGGGGGCUUCUCCAAGAAGCCCAAGUCAGGCCGUCCCAAAACAGGCAAGAAGGCGAGCACUCCCACUUCGGCCCACAGCCCCUCUGGCUCGGGAUCCCCUCUCUACCCCCAGUCCCGUGGUCUUGUGCCCAAAUGACACCCCCCCCCAAUCCCUAAAUCCUCACUUCUUCUCCAGUCCCUUCAUCCUCCCAGACAGACAGACAAACUUAAUGACUGAGCUGUGGGAGGCCAUGAUCUGGAACUUCAAGCUGAAGAAUAAUGUUAUUAGAAUCUCUGUCCAAGUUGAGGAAGAUGUACAUCUUCCUCUCCUUCUCUGAUUCUGAUUUGAGACCAGUUUUAUAAUGCUGGCAAAUGUUAUUAGGACCACUUUUGAAACUCACACCAUGCAGCUGGGUUAAAUAUGAUGGUGUUUUAGGGUCACUGUUAA